ACCAACAGGCUGGAACCCAAUUGACCUCAGCUCAUCCUGGUCUCACGACAACCAAAACCAGUACAGAAAAUGAUUGACCCUUCGAUCCGCCUCCGCCGAGCAAUUCACGCAAAUGACGCCCUGCUCGUGAGGCGCAUUCUCAAAUCCCACCCCCACCUCCUCCACAACCCGGACCUCUCCGUCAGAGGCAAUGCCAACUCCAACCUCCACAUUGCAGCCUCGCUUGGCCACCUCGCCAUCUGCAAGCUGCUAGUCGAGCUGGGCCACGAGGCAGGCACCCCUGCUCUCAACGACGAGCACCAGACAGCCCUCAUGCUGGCCGCGGCCGCGGGGCACACCGAGGUGGUGCACUUUCUCUGCGAGCACGACCCGGCCACGAUCCUGCGGCAGGACCUGCGCGGGCGCGACGCCAUCAUGGAGGCGAGCCUGCACGGCCACGACACGGUGGUGCAGAUCCUGCUGACGUACGCUCCGGGCGGCGCCGAGGCGGCGCUCGCGCGCGCCGACCUCGACGGCAACACGGCCCUGCACUUUGCCAGCUCCAACGGCAACCUGCUCGUGCUGCGCACCUUGCUGGCUGCAGGCGCCGACGCCGGUAGGAAGAACGUCUGGAGUUGGACCGCAGAGGCUUACAGCGCUACCGUGCAGGCAGAGGUCUAUCUCAAGGCGCUGGUCGCCGAGGUUGAGCGGAGGAAGAUGGCGGCGGCCCAGCAGCAGCAGCAGCAGCAGGGGCGCUCCGACGAGGGAAUUGCGACUGCGAAGCAGCUGGUUGGAGGGGGUGGUGGUGGUGCGGGGAAAAAGGGCGGUGCGGUGAGAUUGGUCGGGAAGGACGUCGGGGAUUGAAGUGGUGUCGGGAGUAUGUACGAACGACUUCUACUGUACAUACAAGAUCACUACACGAAGAUUAUGGUGGGAGCUUUCCCAUCGCACCGCGGCAGGUUUUACGCUGAGCCGGGAUGGGAAUGGCGGUUACCACCAGGGACAGGCUGCGUUGAGCGAACUUUUCCUUUGGAGUUGGCGUUGGGGAGCGAACUGGGAGAUUGCACACUGAGAACUUUUCAGUCAUGAUUUCUCUUCUAUACGUCAAUCGAACGACCACAGCAAACGAGACAAACGCACUCACCGUUGAAAUCGGCGUGUCCCAGCUCCCCAGUCCACUGGCCGAGGCACGAACCUCGUUCCUGUCUGCCAGCAAGCUAAAACUGAAAUCCACUAUUGAAUGGUGCCAUUGUCCUGCCGGCCUGAUACCUACUGCAUUUCCUUCCCUCUUCGAACUUUGUACACUCAGACCGGAAGCUCAACGAAUCGGGACUUGAGAUACUUGAAUUGUUGACGGG